GGGAGAAAUUGCUACCCGCUUUCAAAAUGGCGUCUGAAAUGUUCACACAUUUUCUGAUAUAAAUAACUCGGUACAGCCAACUGUUUGUUGAGAUUACACAGAGAAACAUAUUUUUCAAAAAUCAGAAUGGACACAAGCCCUCUGAAGCCUGAGGACUCGGAAGCAGCAGCCAUCUUAAUGGAUGUGUCCCAGCAGUGUGAGACCUCUGUCUUCAACAACCAAUCACAGGCAGCAGGCAUUCUUAUGAAUGUAACCCAUCACAGCGAAAUGACCAUCAGUCAGGCUGGCGGGGCAGCCAUGCUGCUGGACAUCGACCAGCACAGUGUAGAUGUUCCGUCUGAUGCAGUGCUGAUGGCAGUGGAUGGAAGUCAGGACCCCCAACAUACCUUCAUCCCAUCUGAUGACAACUCCAACCUGAACGCCAUCGCCCCAUCUGACAACACAAGCUUGCACACCAUCGCCCCAUCUGACAACACAAGCCUGCAUACCAUAACACUGUCAGACAAUACAAGCUUGCACACCAUCGCCCCAUCUGACAAUACAAGCUUGCACACCAUCGCCCCAUCUGAAAAUACCAGCCUGCACAACAUUGCCCCAUCUGACAUCAAAACUGAGGCCAGUACAGAGACCUACGACCUUACGGAGGCUGCACCAUCCAGCAUGACCCGAGCGGCAAGCAGCAGUUCCAGGUGAUGUCCACAGAUGGUCAGUAUCAUACUAUCACCCUUGCAGGAGUAGAGGAGAGUAUGGAAGAAUCAGGAAAUGUCCAGAUGACGGUCCAGAUCGACACACCAGGAAGAGAGACGAAACUGUGACAGUGGCAGGACUCACUGAUGGAUAUAAUCUGGAGUCUCUGGCACAGAUCGCAGAAAUUGUUGUCAACAGUAGCGACCGCAGCGCUAAUCUUGUCAGCAUCCCCGAAGACACUGCAACCAUCCAGAACGUCCGCCUCAUCGAUGAGCAGUACAUUGCCAUGAAGGACAAUGGAGAUGGCAAGCCAGUAUGUGUUAAAACAGAACCUGAUGGGAGAAACCAUGUGACAGUUGAUCAGACCCAGACUCAGACUCAGAAUCUUGUGGCGGUUGAUCAGACUCACGGAUCUCAGAACCUUGUGUCGCUAGCGCAGAUCGCAGAGCUGGUAAUAAACCAAGGAUGCCUGGAGACGAGUGAUGGUCUGAACCCCAACAUCCAUCAGUUGCAGAUCGGCUCAGAUGCCAACAACCAGCCCUAUGUCUUAUCAGGCCUUGAUUCCAACAUCAGUAGCGUGCAGACAGUCACAUCCACACCUAGAAAAAUCUCUCAGAUGAGAGCGCCAUCCAGAAAAAACACCACAGAAUAUAUUGCAGUUCCAUUGAAGAAGCCGUUACCAGGUUCAUCUACAGCUGGUGCCAGCAACUACACUACAACCAUCCUCCCGGAUAGUCGCAACCCUCCACAGAAGCUUCCUCCAGAGAGGAACAUCUACAGCAAAAUCAAGGCUGAGAAUGGAGAGUGUUACAUGGUGGUGCUUCCCGACUCCGACACCCUCAAUCCAACUCAGCUGCGUGAUCUCCUGACCAGCUACUCAGCCAGUCACACAAAGUCUGCCCUGGGAGAUCGGUCGGAAUCAGCUGAGGUGACCAUCAAGGUGGAACCAGAGAAGCCGAUGAUGUAUUCAGCAGGAUCCCAGACAUCCAACCGUAAAUAUUCCAAACUUUGGCCAACUGCCAACAAAUCAUCAAAUGUGGUUGUCACAGAAGCAGCAAGGUCAUCCUGUCCAGGAGAGAGUGUUGAACGUCAGGUAACUGGCGGAGAUACAUCCAGCAAGGAAACGUCAGGAACAGCAUCAGAUUUAGUGGUUGAGGUUGUGAAGCUGGGAAACAGUACUAAUGAUGACUUGUUUGAUAACACCGUGAAGGUGAAGAUCGAGAAGCCGGAUGAAGCUGCAGAAGUUGCUGGGGAGGAAGACCAAGCCAGCAGUAUGAUCGACAGUAUUGAUAACUGUGGACAUGAAGUGGCCGCUGGGAACAGACGGUCGUCCAGUGAACCUCGGCCCGAGACCAGGACUGUCACGGUCCAGACUGACAUCACUUCUGAAUGCUACAUCAAUGUGACCCCCGAGGAACUCAAUAUCAACAGAAGGAAGCCGAGGGUGCAUGCUGGCAGAAAACGCUUGUAUCUCGAUGACCCCAGACCUUCCACAGACUCAGCACAAGUUGUGCAAACACUAGUGUCUCCAUUUUUGAAAAGAAAAAAGUUGCUUGAUCUGGAAAAUGCGUUUUAUAUCUGUGGAACAUGUGAGUCAAAGUUCUCAACGGCUGAUGAACUCAAGACUCACAGCAAGGAGCAUAAGUUAAAGAAUGUGUUCUGUCCGGCAUGCAAGAGGAAAUGUUCCAAUGUGAAGAUUCUAGCAGACCAUGUGAUCUCUCAUACUCGCUGUAAAACUUUCAAGUGUAGUGUCUGUACCACAAAGACCGUGUUCAGAUCAGCGGAGGCUUUCAAGACCCAUGUCAGUGAGCAUCUCAGUGUGCAGCACUUCCGAUGCGGAUCCUGUGGACAGAAGUUCCCUCAUGUUGCCAAUCUCCGGGUCCAUAUGAGAGUACACACUGGCGAAAAACCAUUCAUUUGUGAUAAAUGUCCCAUGGCAUUUUCCCAAAAGGCACCGCUUGAAGCUCAUGUGAGUUCAUUCCAUAACAAGGAAAAGCCCUUUCAGUGCGGGGAGUGCAGUAUAAAUUUCGCAAGGAAAACUGACCUAAAAAUCCACAUGCGCAUCCAUACUGGCGAGCGUCCUUACAAGUGUGAGCUGUGUGGCAAGACAUUCACAUCUAACUCUGGUCUCACAAGCCAUAAGAAGACCCACUUCCGGAGUCGGUAUCACAAGUGCAGCAACUGUGAGAAGAGUUUUGACACUCCGACUCGGCUCAAACGCCAUGUUGCGCUCUGGCAUUCCGGGGACCGGGUCCUCAAGUGCCGUAUCUGCAACAAGGAGAUUGGGAACAAAUCCGAGCUUCGGGCACAUAUGCAGCUCCACUCCAGCGAACCGUUCCCAUGUGUUCGAUGUGGUUAUGGGACGGACAAGAAGGAUUUACUGGCAAACCACAUUCAAGAAAAUCACCCAGAACUUGUUAGUAAAAUGCCCGAGUUAUUUGACUCUAAUGCCCAGUUAGAUCAAGAAGGCAAAACCGCAGACACUAAGGUUAUUGAGAUCAAGUGGUAAAUAUUAUCAUGUGACAUUUAUUAAAUUGAUUUGAUGAAAUAGACCUGACUGACUGCACAAAAAUGGCCAAGCUUCUUUGAUUUCGUCAUUUACAAAUUUCUAGUUAGAGUUGGUUCAAAUAUGAUGCAAAACAUAUUUGUUCAGUUGAGUAUUUUUUUCACUUUGACAUUGGCUUGGGAUGGUUGGUUUAGCCUGAAAAGUGAAAUAAAUGGCAGUUUGAUUUAA